AAACAGCGGAAAAGUCCAAGAUGGCGUCUUCCAUGGGUGGAAUGUUCUCGGGACAACAGCAGCAGCCUCCCGGUGCUCAUCCGCCUACUCCUGGUCCCGGAGCUCCGGGAAACAGAGCAUCGGGGAACACUUUAGUCGACGAUCUAGAAGCUUCUUUCGAAGCAUGUUUUGCGUCUUUAGUCAGCCAGGAUUAUGUGAACGGGACAGACCAAGAGGAAAUCAGGACAGGGGUUGACCAGUGCAUCCAGAAGUUUCUCGAUGUAGCCCGACAGACCGAAUGUUUUUUCCUUCAAAAGAGGCUACAGCUGUCUGUACAGAAACCGGAGCAGGUUGAGAAAGAGGACAUAUCGGAAUUAAGGAAUGAGCUCCAGAGAAAGGAAAUGCUAAUUCAGAAGCACCUGUCCAAAAUUCAUCACUGGCAGCAGGUGCUGGAGGACAUUAACGUUCAGCACAAAAAGCCUACAGAGCUCCCACAGGGGCCGCUGGCCUUCUUAGAGCAAGCCUCAGCCAACCUGCCAGCUCCCAUGAAACCCAACUGAGCUGUGCCUCCGAUGGGGUGUGUGUGUGUGUGUGUGUGUCGUUAUUGAAUUAUUUUUAUAUAUUUUUUUGGUAUAAAUGUUUUGAUGUAAUUUUGACCUGCAGUAAUUUUUUGUGCUCGAAAGUAAUUAAAACCUGUAACUGAGAGGGACAUUUCUCAAAUUGAAUGGCUUUUCUUUUUUGAUGAUUCAUUUCGUGUAUUGUGUAGAAUAAAUGUCUACAUUUUGUAG